AUGAGCCAAGACAAAUAUGGUGACGGACGUGAUAUAAAUUCGUUGGAAGACUGCAUGGAGGAACUAAAUCGAUUGAAAGACCUGUUAAAGCGUAGGGAUUCUCAACUAUGCAAGUUGCUCGACGAAAAUGGACGUUUGAGUGAUGCUGCUCGAUUGAGCGGCAAAAAGCUUGAUGACUUAGGAGAUAAAGUUCGAGAACUUGACAGGGAUACAAGACAAAUGGAAGAUAGCAUGCGAGAGAGUGUUCAUUUGCUUAAGGAUAUAGGAGAUGUGGCCAAAGCAAACGAAAGUCUUAAAGAUCAAGUUGAUGCAAUCAGGGAUUUGGAUAUGCAAAAGCUUUUGGACGAUCUAAGAGCACAGUUGGAAGCCGCGAAAGAAAAAAAUCCUGUGGAAGAGCUAGAGAAAGAACCGGAAAAAGUUCCAGAAAAAGAAGCCGAAAAACCAGCUGAGAAACCAGCAGACAAACCAGCAGAGAAACCUGCAGAAAAACCUGUAGAGAAACCAGUAGAAAAACCUGCAGAGAAACCCGAUGAAAAACCUGCAGAAAAGCCAGCAGAGAAACCUGCAGAUAAGCCUGUGGAGAAACCUGCAGAAAAGCCUGUAGAGAAACCCGCAGAGAAGCAAGCAGAGAAACCAGUUGAGAAACCAGCAGAAAAACCAGCAGAAAAACCUGCAGAGAAACCUGCAGAGAAACCUGCUGAAAAACCUGCAGAAAAGCCAGCAGAGAAACCUGCAGAUAAGCCUGCAGAAAAGCCAGCAGAUAAACCUGCAGAUAAGCCUGCAGAGAAACCGGCAGAGAAGCCUGCAGAGAAGCCUGCAGAGAAGGCUGCAGAGAAGCCUGCAGAGAAACCUGCAGAGAAACCGGCAGAGAAGCCUGCAGAGAAGCCUGCAGAGAAGCCUGCAGAGAAGGCUGCAGAGAAGCCUGCAGAGAAACCAGCUGAGAAACCAGCUGAAAAACCAGCAGAGAAACCUGCUCAGAAACCAGCAGAGAAACCUGCAGAAAAACCAGCCGAGAAACCCGCUGAGAAACCUACAGAAAAAACACCUGAGAAACCUGAACCGAAACCAGCAGAAAAACCUGCAGAGAAACCAGCUGAAAAACCAGCUGCUAAGCCAGUAGAAAAGCCUGCAGAAAAACCUGUUGAGAAACCAGCUGAAAAGCCAGCAGAGAAACCUGCAGAGAAACCUGCAGAGAAACCAGUUGAGAAACCAGCUGAGAAACCAGUAGAGAAACCAGCAGAGAAACCAGCAGAGAAACCACCAGAAAAACCAGCAGAGAAACCUGCAGAGAAACCAGCUGAGAAACCAGCUGAAAAACCAGUAGAAAAACCAGCUGAGCAACCAGCAGAGAAACCAACUGAAGCACCGGUUGUGGAGCCACCCCAGAAACCAGCCGAAAAACUGGUGGAGGAAGCAAUUAAGGAAGCUCCAGCUCCUCAAGCAGGAGCCGCGCAACCUGCUGGAAGUGCAGCUGAGAAACCAAAAGCACCUGUGCCAGCCGAUGCAGCUGGACCUCAAAAAGGACCUGGACAACAGGCAGGACGACCCGCACCCGGACGUGCUCCGCAACAAGCAGGUGCUGGUGCAGGACGCCCUGCGACAUAUGGAGCUCCCAAGGGGUCUGUUGGUCCAAAAAUACAGUUUGAAGGUGCAGACGAAGGGGAAGAUCAUGCCAUAACUGGGAUAGGUCGGCCAAUUGCUCCAAAGCGCAAAGCUGCAGCUAAGCCCAGCAAAACGAUAGAUGAAGCUACUGAUGAACAGUUCAACUCCUUUGUGAGGCAAACUGCAACAUCGCUUUCUGCUGGUGAGAUCGAUGGUAUCGGCCUAGAGAAGGAGUUGCGUAAAAUUUUAGACAUGUUUAUCGAAGAGACUUGGCUUAUAUGCACAAACGAAUCUACGCCGCGGCAGAUAAUAUACUACCAGGAUGUCUUUUUAAUAUGA